AGACGUCAAGACAGAUGUUAUUCCCGCGCUGGACUUGCGUAUAACCAAUAAAAAUAUUUUUAUUUAUACUAGCUUUUCAGUUUAGAUAUUUUUAUAUUUGUUUUUUAAUUUGUCAAGUGCUCAAUUUUAUUUUUUCCAAUGUAUGAUGACGAGUUUCCAGAUCCUGAUGAAGAAUUCGAUUUAGUUCCAGCAGAAAGUUUUAAAAAAUCCAAUAAUGUAGCCGGAGCAAUUAAUGCAAAAGCUUCACAAAAUGGUUUUACUGAAACGUCAAAGUCUAGUGUUGAUGGAAAAUCAAAAUUUUUACACUCCAAUGAUGAUGAAUUUCCUGAUUUCGAUGACGAAUUUGACUUAAUUCCAGCUGAUGUUGAUAAACAAUCGAAAAAUCUUCCCAGCACAAGUACUCAAGUAGAAUCAUCGAGAAGUGUAAUUACCCAGGCUUCGAAGCCAAUCAGUAAAACACAAGCCCCCAAUGAUGAAUUUCCGGAUCCUGAUGAAGAAUUUGAUUUUAUUGAAGCGAAUCAGGCGUCAACAUCAACGGGUGAAUCGCUGACUGAUAAAUGCAGGAAGAGAAACUACGAUGAGCUGAUGAAGGACGUCGCUAGUCUUCUUCGAGACGAUCCGUCAAAUUCUAAUCACCAAAGAGAAAAGAAACCGAGAUGGGAUCAGCCGGAGCUGAUAAUUGAAGCCAUUCUUCAUCAGAAAAAAAAAGUACUGGAGAGAUAUGAUAAAGAUGUCGACAAUCCUCGUUUUUUUAACUCAAAUUACUUGGAUAAUCCCCAGAGAGAAUCAAUAACCACACGAGUGCCUUCUUGGAAUUUUAUUGCCUUGACACGUCCGUCAGAUUGUCAGCGGUUGUAUAUCAGAGUCAAGCCAGAUGCAGCAAUUGAUCCCAUCAAAGUAAAGUCUUCUGGUUUACUUUCAGUUGGCUACGAUAAGUUGAAAGCUGAUGCUGAAAAAAUUCUGGCAGAAAAAGCUAACGAAAGACUUGUAAUGUCUCGUGGUUCAAAAAAAAAGGCUGAAGAUGUUCUGUGGGUGGAUAAAUAUCGCCCGAAAAAAUAUCUCGAGCUUCUGACAGAUGAAACAACAAACCGCGAGUUCUUACGUUGGCUAAAACUCUGGGACAAAGUUGUAUUUAACCGUGAGAUUGUUCCCCGAAAGAAGAAUUUACCAACAAAUAAUUCCUUAAGUUCAAAGAAAUUUAGUAGCAAUAAAUUUGAUAGAAAUUCAACUAAAAUGGGCGGUUUCAAUGCCCAUAAAUUUGGCGACAAUUAUGAUAAUGUUGAGCUUGUGGAUAAAAAGGGAUUUCCUGUGCACAGAAUAGCGAUGCUCAGUGGUCCUCCGGGUCUUGGAAAAACUACAUUGGCGCACUUGGUGGCAAAACAUGCUGGUUACAAUGUCGUUGAAAUAAAUGCCAGUGAUGACCGUAGUCCUGAAGCAUUUAGGCAGGCUCUGUUAUCAUCAACCCAAAUGAAAUCAAUGAUCGGUGCUGAUCCGCGGCCUAAUUGCCUGGUGCUAGACGAAAUUGAUGGUGCACCUGCAGCAUCAAUAGAACUAUUAUUGAAAUUCGUUCAAGGAAAAUUAACAGAGAAGGGUAAGAAGUCGAAGUCGGCUGAAAAAAGUAAUGAGUAUUGCAAAAGACCAAUUGUGUGUAUCUGUAAUGAACUAUAUACUCCAGCGCUAAGGCCAUUACGAGCAGCUGCGUAUAUAAUAUACGUGCCUAGAAUAACUCCGGCGGCUUUGAGCGAUCGACUGGCAACGAUCGCACGGAAAGAAAGGCUAGAUGUUGAUCAGCGGACACUUUUGCAAUUGGCCGAAAAGUCUGGGUGUGAUGUGAGAUCUUGUGUCAAUGCUUUGCAGUACAUGGGCGAAGAUUGCAACAAGAGUAAUUUAGACCUCAGUCUAAAAGAUUCAAAAAAAGGGCUGUUUGAAUUUUGGAAAGAGAUGUUACAAAUUCCUCAUGAUAAAACUGGGCCUCUUUCUUUGCGUGAAAGAGUUCAAAAGAUUUUAAAAUCAGCUUACAGUAAUAAUUCAGAGAGAUUUGUACAGGGUGUAUUUGAAAAUUACCCGCCAAACUGUCAUGAUAAUAUAAAUAGAAUAUCAAUAUCUUUAGAAUGGUUUCAAUUUUAUGAUGAAAUCACAACCUUUGUUAUGAUUAAAAAUGAUUGGCAAGUGAUGCCUUAUACAAACUAUGCAUUUGUUUCAUGGCAUUUAGGUUUUGCGCUUCCAAAAACUCCGAAAUUAUCAUUCCCUUAUACAUCAACUGAAGUAAACCAAAAAAUAAACAAAACUAUGGCUCUAGUAUCAGCAGCACAACGAGCCUGUGGUCUAAAUUCCCGCGUGAUUAUUCUCGAUCUCGCGCCAUUGUCAUUUGAAUUAUUAACACCGCGACUGCGUUCUGUUGCGAUUAAUUUAUACACUCCCAAAGAAAAGUCAGACUUGGAACAUUUAAUAGAUAUUAUGCUGAGUCUCGGACUGACGUUUGUUCAAGAUAAAAAAGAAGACGGCAGCAUGGAUUAUGUUAUAGACCCAGACCUUUUUGAAAUCGGUAUUUUCUCUGACUGCAAACAACGCAAAGGUUUGUCGUACACGAUCAAGCAAAUCGUAGCUCGAGAGGUCGAAACUGAAAGACUGAAACGUGCAGCGAUAGCUUCUGGAAUUACUGAGAGUUCUUCUGAAGAAAAGAAAACAACUGAAGUUGUAAAAGAUGUCGAGUUCGCAAAACCUGAUACAAUUAACCGUCCAAAUCAUAUUGAUCGUAUGGAGCGAAUCGCUUUAACUGACGAUCCGAAAGACAAAAAAUUCCGCGACUUUUUCAAAGAUUUCAAAUUACCGCCCAAAGUGCCUGAUCCAACGUCACCUCAACAGACGUCUCCGAAAGCGGAAAGAAUCGAUCGUCGAAUUAAGAAAAUAGUUACUAAAAAUGGCGUGUGGUUUAAAUAUAUAGAAGGCUACAGCAAUGCAGUUCGCCGUACAGUUAGAAUAAAAGAUAUUUUAUAAUAU